CUACUCCCUCCGUUCUUGAAUAUAAGUUUUUUUUUUAAAUUUCACUACGGAUUAUACAAUAUGAAUGAAUCCACUAUAUACAUUUGUAUGUAGUCCAUAGUAAAAUCUGUUGAAAGACUUAUACUCCUACGUUUCUUCUAAUUGAAAAGAAAUAUUAUUACUAGGCAAAUUUACAAUGAUUAAUGGCUGCUAUAUGUACUCCUACGACAGCUCAAAUGAACUACUCUAGUUUGCGUCAAAACGAUAUCAGCCCAAAAAUUCAAAAAGAGACCAUUUAACACGAAAAAAGAAGACUAUUCAAUUCAACUAAACUGCCAGGCACGCCAUAGCCGCUAAUUUCGUUUAGCACAAGAAUCAAAGUCAAGAGUCACCGGUCCUCCCGAGCCACGGAGUGAUGCUUCUUUCUCAUGCUCUUUCUUCACUAGACCGUUGAUACUUUACUCAGUCAGGGCACCAUUUAAGCAUCUGAUUUCCAUGCUUUGUUUCAUUACAACAACAUGCAGCCACUCUAUUUCCCAUACAUGAAGAAAUUUCACAUGCCUUCCCUUGGCUUGACCCUCGUGCUGUUGAUCUCCUUGGUGUCUACGACCAGCUCCUGCUCGGAGCAGGAGAAGACCUCCCUUCUUCAGCUCCUCGUUGGGCUCUCGCAGGACGGUGGACUCACGGCGUUGUGGCGGCGGGACACCAACUGCUGCACUUGGGAAGGGAUCACCUGCAACAAAGAUAGCAAGGUCACGGAUGUUUCUCUACCUUCUCAAGGCCUUGAGGGCUCCAUCUCACCGUUCCUUGGCAAUCUCACCGGCCUGUUGCACCUCAACCUAUCGCGCAACUCGCUGUCCGGUGGUUUGCCACUGGAAUUGUUGUCAUCCCAAAGUAUCAUCGUCCUUGAUGUCAGUUUCAACUGCCUGACAGGAGGCCCGAGUGAACUGCCGUCUUCAUCCCCUGCACGGCCUCUGCAGGUACUGAACAUAUCAAGCAACCUCUUUACAGGAAGGUUUCCAUCUAAUACAUGGGAGGCGAUGAAGAGCCUGGUUGCGCUCAAUGCUAGCAACAACAGUUUUACUGGGCAGAUAUCAACAACGCCAUGUCUUAACGCACCAUCUUUUGCUGUCCUUGAACUCGGCUACAACCAAUCCAGUGGCAGCAUCCCUUUUGGGCUCAGUAAUUGCUCCAUGCUGACAUUGCUCGGUGCCGACCAUAACAAUCUCAGUGGGACUCUUCCACAUGAGCUCUUUGAUGUUACCUCAUUAGAACACCUCUCUUUACCUAACAAUCGAUUAGAAGGCGAACUCAAUGGCAUCAUCAAGCUCACAAAUCUGGUCACACUUGAUCUUGGAGGAAAUGGGAUCAGCGGCAGUGUUUCAGAAUCUAUAAGUGCGCUGAAGAGAUUGGAGGAGCUGCAUUUGGAUCGUAACAACAUGUCAGGGGAGCUGCCAUCAGCUCCGAGUAACUGCAUGCAUCUCAUAACAAUUGACCUAAAGGGCAACAACUUCAGUGGAGAGCUUACCAAGGUCAACUUUUCAAACCUCCCAAAUCUAAAAAAGCUAGAUCUUCUGCACAACAGUUUCAUGGGAAGUGUACCAGAAAGCAUAUACUCGUGCAGCAAGCUAACUGCACUACGGCUCUCUGCCAAUCGUUUCCAUGGCCAAUUGUCAGAAAAGAUAGGAAAUCUGAAGUCUCUCUCGUUCCUCUCACUUGUUAAUCUCUCACUUACAAAUAUCACAAGGACACUUCAGAUCCUUAAGAGUUCCAGGAGUCUCACCACCCUUUUUAUUGGGCGUAACUUCAGGCAUGAGACCAUGCCAGAUUAUGACAGCAUUGAUGGUUUUCAGAAUCUUCAAGUUCUUUCUGUAUUUGAUUGUUCAUUGUCUGGAACAAUACCUGGUUGGCUAUCAAAACUACCAAAUUUGAGGAUGUUACUUUUACACAAUAAUCAACUCAAUGGACGAAUACCUGACUGGAUCAGCAGCCUAAGUUUUCUCUUCUAUCUAGAUAUAUCAAACAACAGCUUUACAGGAGAAAUUCCUAGUGCCUUAACGGAGAUGCCGAUGUUAGAAUCAGAUAAGACUGCAACAAAGGUCUUCUUUGAGCUGCCAGUCUAUAUUUUCAGUCCAUUUAUCCAAUACCUCAUGCCCAGCGCUUUUCCUAAAGUGCUUAAUCUAGCCACCAAUAAUUUCACGGGUCAGAUACCUGAGAAUAUUGGUCAGUUGAAAGCACUCAUUUCUCUGAAUUUGAGCUCCAACAGAUUAUCUGGAAAGAUCCCACAACAGAUUGGAAACCUCGCAAACCUGCAGAUGCUUGACUUGUCCAACAAUCAUCUCACUGGUACAAUUCCGGCCAGACUAAAUAGUCUGCACUUUCUUUCCAAGUUCACCAUUUCUGAUAAUGACCUUGAAGGCCCUACUCCAACCACGGGCCAACUUAGCACAUUUCCAGAUUCUAGUUUUGAUGGGAACCCAAAAUUGUGUGGUCCUAUGAUUGUAAGACAUUGCGAUUCAACAGAAGCAUGUCCAGUCUCCAUUGUCUCCACAAAACAUAUUGGCAGUGAGGUCAUAUUUGCGAUCGCCUUUGGUGUUUUCUUUGGAGUAGGAGUGCUAUAUGAUCAGAUAGUCUUAGCAAGAUAUUUUGGCUAAAGCCUUGUAACUGUUAUCACCACUGCGAACCAAGUCAGCGGUUCCUGUCCUAGCAAGAUCAACAUACCUGGUAAACCUGGUACUUGAGCCAGUGUUAUUCGGUCUGUGACUUCCCUUUCUAAAAGUUCCGGAUCAGAAGGGAUCGAAUUUGAUAAACCAGGAACUAUGUAAU